AUCUUGUAUAGUUGUCAACGUCAAGUAUUAAACAUAACCAUAAAUGUGGUUGUUAUUUAUCUUAUGUUAAAUUACUUUGUUUCUUUUGAAUUAUAUCAUAAUCACCACAUUUUUAAGAAAAUGGAAGAAUACAUUUGACUAAAGCACUGUUGAGAAUGAGUUUAUUUCGAGCAAUGCGGAAAACUAUCUCAAGCAACUCAUAUUUAAUUUGUGGAAUUAUAAUUGGAAUUUUAAUUUCUCAGGGUUUAAAUAAUCUUGAUUGUGAUAAGUCUAUACGUAUUUUUGAGGAGACUCAAUUUGUUAAUGAAGAAAACGUCCUGCCCAAUGUCGAAGUCCGGGUGCCUAAUGGCAAAGUUCAAGUUAAUGUUGUCAAGAAAGUUGUGGAAGAAAAGAAAACAGAAAAACGAAUUACCCGACCCCGCUAUUAUUCAACAGAACUUGGAAUUCGAGAGAAACUGUUUGUUGGAAUUUUAACAGCAGAAGAAAGACUAAACACCCAAUGUAUUUAUCUUAACAGAACAAUCGGACAUUGUCUGGAUCAGAUAAAGUUUUUCAUUUCCGUUCACAGUAAACCAAAGGGAGAAUAUAGUUUAACCAAUAUAGUCGGUUUCACUGACACAAGACUCAAAUACAAACCAUUUCAAGUUAUCAAAUACCUCAGUGACAACUUCAUACAACAGUACGACUUCUUUUUCUUAAUGAACGAUUAUAAUUUUCUUGAUGCAAGACGAUUAAAAGAUGUCGUUAAUAAAAUAAGCAUCAGUCAGGAUGUGUAUUUAGGGACAACAGCAAAAGACAGUAGCUUUUGUGACUUAAAUGCAGGGAUAGUUUUAAGUAAUUCAGUUGUAACAUCGAUUAAAAAUAAUUUGGAAUGGUGCAUUAAGUAUGCCAUAUCUGAAGAUCAUAGUGAAAAUUUAGGUAGGUGCAUUCACUUCAGUACAGGCUUGGAAUGUCAAGAACAAGUACAGAGUCAGAGUUUGAACAGUUACAAAUUAAAACAUUUUGGUUUGAAAAAGCACUUUGAUAAACUUUCUCGCUCAGAAGAAUUUAACAAGGCGUUAUCAAUAUAUCCUGUGUUACAGGAACAUGAAUUUUAUUUACUCAAUUCGUAUUUUUCAAGGUUAAGACUGGAAGAAAUAAACGAAAAGAUUGAGAAAUUAUCAUUUGAUCUCAGCAACAGCUGGCCCCCAGGGGAAAAACCGUCUGUCAAGCCGGCCACACGUUUCGACUUGCCACGCCAAAUCUAUUUUAACACCACUCAUAUGUUCUUCCCUGACGAUUUUACAAACAUUCGACCCCACAAGACCCCAGAUUUUGAGGAUAUUCAGAAAAUAAUUUCUGCAGUUGUCGAAAAAGUUCACAAUGACAAUCCGAGUGGCUUUAUGUUCCGAAGGCUUAUCAAUGGCUACAGGACUUUCGACUGGUCUCGGGGACUCGACUAUGUCGUCGAUUUGGGUUUUAGGGAUCUCAACACGGGAAAGGAGGUUGUAAAAAGAUUUGAAGUAUGCAAACCGUUGGGAAAAGUGGAGUUCGUAUCGGCCCCAUACGUCACCGAAAGUACGAGGGUGAUAAUGCUUGUCCCUGUUCAAGAAACUGAGGCCGAAAUGGCCCACAGUUUCGUAAACAAUUUCGAAAAAACGUUCAUGCAAAACAAGCACAAGGUGCUUCUCGUACUGGCGUUUUUAUAUCGGUACGGCGAGCCUAGUAAAGGGAGCGAAGACGUUUUCAAACAGCUGAAAGACGACGCUCAACGAUUGACAAGCGAAUAUCGAAGCGAAGACAGCAAAAUCAUAUGGGUGUCUGUCAGAAUGCCGAAACCAAAAGACGAUGGUAGCGACGAAAGAAUCGAUUUGGACGAAAAUAAAUUGAUGCAGUUCGCAGUUGUUGAUCUGGCAUUGAAGAAAAUUGGGGCCGAUAAUUUGAUGCUUGUUCUGGACGUGUAUGCUGAGCCUGGGGUUACUUUUAUCAACAGGGUGCGAAUGAAUACAGUAGUUAAUUUCCAAAUUUUCAACCCCAUUCCCUUUCGUCAGUAUGACCCAAAAGUGUCAAAGGUCAACACUGCAGACAUUACCAAAGACUCGGGCCACUUUGAUAAAGAAGAAUAUAAAUACAUUUCCUUUUAUGGCAGGGACUACGUUAACAUGCGACGAAAGUCUGAGAUGGAGCUACCGAUCGUAAAAGCAGAUAGCGACAUCGAAAAACUAUUCCAAAUCCCUAAAGGCACUGAGACAACUGUUUUCGGUAUGUUUGUGAAAUAUUGUAAGGGAUUGCACGCCAUGAGAGCGACUGAAACGGCGCUAAUCGUCAAAUACCAUUUGGAGAGGGGGCCCAGAGAGAACCUCUUCAUUGGAUCAAAAACGCAACUCGCCAAAAUGAUUCUGAGCAACGAAGACAGGAUCGGAUUUAAGCUUUAUGUUGUGAAAGAAGAAAUCAUCGACGACACUGCUCAUUUACCAUGUUUUAAUGGUAGAGUUGUUAGUUGGUUGGUGUCAGCUGAAGGUUCAAAUCAAUCAGAUGGUGGUUCACAAUGUACAGACAGUGUAACACAACCAGAACAAAGACUGCCACCCCAACCACCAGAUUCGGUAUGUACAGACACAGAAAGCAUUAUAAGUUCUCGUCAGGCUCGCAGACACCACAAAUAUCCUUCACGUAUCAAUGGACACAUGCCCAGGUUAUAUGAAACGUCUUCAAUGGUAAGUUCAGAUUUGGAAACGACUAGUUUUCAAUCAGAGACCACAGGACGCCACACAGCGUUAUCAGAAUGUUCCAGUGUCAGUAGGUUGCACGUAGCCAAUAGAAAAAGACCACAAAGAAGACGGAAACAGAGACUGCAGGCAAUGUCACGAACCAGUUCGUAUUCAAGUAUAACGGACUCCACGAUGUCUUUGAACAUUAUAACAGUUACGUUGAACAUGGACACAGUGAAUUUUUUAGGCAUCUCUAUCGUAGGACAGAGUAAUAAAGGUGGAGAUGGGGGAAUUUAUGUAGGAUCAAUAAUGAAAGGAGGUGCCGUGGCCCUAGAUGGUAGAAUCGAACCUGGGGACAUGAUUUUGCAAGUGAACGACGUCAAUUUCGAGAACAUGUCCAACGAUGAGGCCGUCAGGGUGCUGAGGGAAGUUGUACAAAAGCCAGGACCUAUUAAAUUGGUUGUUGCAAAGUGUUGGGACCCAAAUCCAAAAGGUUACUUUACAAUUCCUAGGACUGAACCUGUUCGGCCCAUUGAUCCUGGGGCUUGGGUGGCGCACACGGCCGCAGUUAGGGGAGAUCCGGUGGUCAGGCCACCCAGUAGUUCGACAGUAUCUAGUGCGUCGAUUACCAGCACCAUUCCAGCUAACGAAAGGGAAUGUUUACUUGAAUUAGAAGAGCCCUUGACGAUAAACACGCCAAUGGCAACGGUUGUGCAGGCGAUGCAGAGGCCGGACAGCGGUCUCGAAAUCCGAGACCGCAUGUGGCUAAAAAUAACGAUACCAAACGCAUUCAUAGGUACCGACAUGAUCGACUGGCUUUUGACCCACGUCGAAGGAUUUCAGGAUCGCCGGGACGCCCGCAAGUACGCGUCGCACCUCCUGAAGGCCGGUUUCAUACGUCACACGGUCAAUAAGAUCACGUUCUCAGAGCAGUGCUACUACAUAUUCGGUGACCUCUGCUCGGCCAUGUCAAACCUCAAACUGCAAGAGGACGCUGACUCGGUAGGGCCGUUGCCAAACGUGCCGAAUUACAUGCCCUACAGCGGCACCUACAACCCUCUGGAGUACAUGCCGAUGCCCUUUUAUACCGCCAGCGAGCACACGGUGUACGGAUACAACAGGGAGGAGUCUGUCCUCAGCGGAAGUGGAGGGUCGUCAAACGGUUCGGAUCACUUGAAGGAUCCGGUGGCGCAGAGCAGUCCGUCUGACAGCGAUCUGACGUCAUUGGGGCCGAGGUCGGCGUUGCCCAUGGCCACGGGGAAUGGUAACGGAUCGUCGAACGGGUCGGAUCAGAGCAGCGGGACGCAGGUGGCGGCGCAAUCGAAAGACAUAGCCGGUAGUAGACAAUCAUUUAAAAUUGCUAUGGUUCAUGUUUCGCAGCAGUAUUUAGUUCCUAAGGAUGGUACUCCAUUGGGUGGUUUGAUACAAGAUUAUAUGGUUUCUGGGGUGAAAAUGACCAUCAGGGGGAAAUUUUUUAAUAAAGUUGAUUAUCAACAUCUAGUAUUUCAAGCGUUGUCUUUCAAGACUUCGGAAAUUAAAUUGUUACCUCCGUCGAUCAUCAAGCCGGCUUGUCUUUGGUCUGGGAAGCAGAUUAUUUCCACUAUAAUUAUCAACAUCAUUCCCAAAAACAAGCGUCCCAUAAACUUGACUUCAUCUGCAAAACUGGGAGCAAAGUAUUAUNCAGAAGUUAUAAUAAGAAAUGGUGAAUUAUUGGUAGGAGUUAUAGAUAAAAUACAUUGUGGGGCAACGCCUUACGGUCUUGUUCAUUGUAUGUACGAGUUGUAUGGUGGUCAGUAUGCCAUAAAAUUGUUGAGUGCCUUCUCUAAAGUGUUCACGUCGUUCCUGCAAACGGAAGGAUUUACUCUUGGGGUUCACGACAUCCUGGUGCUUCCCCAUGCGGACAAAGAACGCCGUAAAAUAAUAAAGAAAUCGCGUAAAAUAGGGCCUGAAGUCGUUGCAACAGCUUUGGACAUGCCCAAGGACUCUUCUCUGGAUGAAAUUGUCGAAAAACUGGAAGAGGCCUCUGCACGAAACCCGAAAAUGAAAGCAAUCAUUGACAGACAAUAUAAGACUUCUAUUGAUGAGUAUACAAAUAAAAUCAACAAGGUUUGUCUUCCGGCUGGUUUGCUUUGUAAAUUUCCUGAAAACAAUCUCCAGCUAAUGGUUCAGUCGGGAGCGAAGGGAUCAACUGUAAACACCAUGCAAAUUUCGUGUCUUUUGGGACAGAUCGAACUUGAAGGCAAAAGACCACCCGUAAUGAUAUCUGGAAAGUCUCUGCCUUCGUUUCCUGUUUUCGAAUUUUCACCAAGAGCUGGGGGCUUCAUAGACGGGCGGUUUAUGACAGGUAUUAAACCGCAAGAGUUUUUCUUCCACUGUAUGGCCGGCAGAGAGGGUUUGAUCGACACCGCAGUGAAGACCAGUCGUAGCGGUUACUUGCAACGUUGUCUUAUUAAGCAUUUGGAAGGAUUGACUGUCAAUUAUGAUCUCACAGUUCGUGACAGCGACAAGAGUAUUGUUCAGUUUCUGUAUGGUGAAGAUGGCAUGGAUGUUUGUAAAGCCCAGUUUUUGCAAAGUAAACAGAUGGACUUCUUGAUGGAAAAUUCGAAAGCCAUUAUUGACAAGAAGAUCAUCAAAAGUUUGAAGAAGGAUCCGGAAAAGAAGAGAAUUGAAGAACAAUACAAAGCAAUCGACGAUUGGAAAGAGAGGCAUGGUAGUCCCUUGGAUAAGAAAAGGACGAGUAGAUUCGCCCUGUUUUCAGAACAUGCUAAGAACAAGCUUAAAAUCGAAAAACUUUUAAAAAUCAAAUCGAAUACAGGCAGAAGUAAAUUGUCUACAGCCAUUUUGGACCUCUGGACUAGCGCCGAAGACGAAAUCAAAGAAGGAUUUGGUGGCUAUUGUCGCCGUUGUCCUAAUCCUGUGAAUGCGGAUUAUCAAGCAGAUUGCCACUAUGGUUCGUUAUCAGACAGGAUGAAGUUGCUUCUGGACAAUUACAAAAGCAAAAAGCCUAUUGGCAAAGAAAGGAAGUCGUUCGAAGAUAUGUUAAAAUUUAAAUAUAUGCAAUCAAUGUGUUCACCGGGGGAACCCAUUGGGAUUCUUGCUGCACAAUCUAUUGGGGAACCAAGUACGCAGAUGACGCUGAACACUUUCCAUUUUGCUGGUCGUGGUGAAAUGAAUGUGACUCUCGGUAUACCCCGUUUACGUGAAAUCCUCAUGUAUGCAUCAAAAUCGAUGAAAACUCCGUCUAUGGAAAUACCCUUCAAAAAUAUACCAAAUUUGGAAAAAGAAGCCGAAAAGUUGAGGAAGAAACUGACCAGGGUAACGUUGGAAAAUGUACUCGAAAGGAUCGAAGUUUCCGCUCAAUUGGGCGUCAAACCAGUCAGACAACAGUUGUACACAGUCAAGUUUCACUUUCUGCCCCAACACCUCUACGAACAUGAAUAUCCUAUAAAGGCGAAGCGAGUGAUCAAAGCAAUGACUACAAAAUUCUUCGGCCUCUUUUUCAUGACCAUCAGACGAUCCUCAAAAGUCAAAUCGGUCCUAGUGAACGUUGAGCAGGAGAGAAAAAAAUCGAGAAAACAAAUCAACGAGGAUGACGAUGAUGAUGAUGGUAGUGCCGAAAAAGACAAGAAAUUUGCAAUGAGAAAGAACGAAGGGGGAAGUGAUGAUGAUGAAGACUCCGGUGAGGAACCCGAAGAUGCUGAGGAUGCCAAGCAAACAAGUAAAUACAGUCAGGUGCACGAAGAUCAGGAGCCAGAAGAAGAAGAAAAGGAGAAGGAAGUGUCAGAUGACGAGGAUGGUGAAGCAAUGGAUACCACUGUAACAAACGAGGAAAAUAGUAAGAAAAAGAAAAAUCAAGAACAUGAAGAGGAAGAAGAAGAAGACGAAGAUGAUACGGCCUUUUCGAUGAAUUCUAUCAAGGGUUCUCACAAUUUAGCUCAAAAUUAUACAUACGACAAAAAAAAAUAUUUGUGGUGCGAAUUAACUUUUGCACUGCCCCUGAAUUGGAAAAAAUUGGACUUGAGGGCCAUUUUGAAAGAGAGCGCCGCCAAAUGUGUUUUACACGAGGUCCCAGACAUAAAAAGAGCUAUCACGUACAUGAAAAAAGAUCAGCUGACCCUAAGAACUGACGGAAUUAAUAUAAUUGUAAGUUCUUUUCUUAUUCUCUAUAAUCGCUAUAUACAGAGUGUUGCGUUUGAAAUCCACUUGAAUUAUUUUUUAUUAUAA